UCUGUGCGGACGUAGUUAUUUUUCUUCAAUAAGUUGUAAGUGUAGCUGAUGGCGUAAAUGCUUGGACUUAUCUUAUCCCCGGCGUAAAUCAUGCACGCAUCGCCUGGACAUAUUUGGGAUGCUGUCGAUUUUUUAACUUGGUUUCUGUUUGUUUUAAGUCUGGAGACGUUGGGAAUCCACGGACAGGACGGCGAUGGGUGCGGCCACACCUUGCUGGGCCCUCAGAGCGGUACCCUGGCCUCCCGGAACUACCCCGGCACUUACCCCAACGGCACGCGCUGCGUGUGGAAACUCCGGGCCCCGCGGGGCCGCACCCUGCGUCUGGCCUUCGGAGACUUCGACCUGGAGAGGAGCAGCAACUGCGAUGCCGGGUCCCUCACCGUAACCCUCGGCAACGGGGCCACCGCCCUGGGCCCUCUGUGCGGACACCUGGACGCCACGUGGAGGAAGGUGGAGCUGAACAGCAGCGAGGCGACCGUGCUCUUCGUCUCCGGCACACACCGCUCCGGGCGCGGCUUCCUGCUGUCCUACGCCACCGACCAGAACACGGAUCUGAUUUCCUGCAUGGACCGAGGAUCCCAUUUUACUGCUCAGCACUUAAGGGCUUUCUGUCCAGCAGGCUGCAGGGGCGUGACAGGUGACAUCUGGGGCCAUGUUGGCCAAGGCUACAGAGACACCUCGGUUCUGUGCAAAGCAGCGGUCCAUGCAGGGGUUGUGUCUGAUGAGCUCGGAGGGCCCAUCGCUGUGUCCCGGGAGAGAAGCAUCACCCGGUACGAGUCCACCUUCGCCAACGGCCUCCACUCCAAAACGGGCUCUCUAUCUGAGAAAAAGUUGGUUUUCCACAGAGAGUGUGACAGUCAGCUGCCUGUGCUCGCUUACAAUGCCUCCUCCCACUGGGAGAAAGUGGACAGCCUGGGGCGCCGCAUAUUGUGGACCCCUGGAAACAAGGACUUUGCGGGACAGGACCUACCCUGGGUGGCUGACAGCGACGACCCCGAGCCCUGGCUGGAGAUAGAGCUGCGAGACAGGAGCAGCGUCACAGGAAUCAUCACAAAGGGAUCCUUGUCGGAGGCGAGUAGUUUCUAUGUGCAGUCCUACACGCUCCUCUACAGCAAGGACAACAAGAACUGGAAGUCUUACAAGGCAGCUCUCAGUAAAGACGUAAAGGUGUUUGAGGGGAACUCGGACAGCAGCCAGGAGGUGCUGAACAGCCUGAUCCCCCCAGUGGUGGCGAGGUACCUGCUCCUGCGGCCCAAACAGUGGGAGCGCAAGGCCGCCCUGCACGUCCGGGUGCUCGGCUGCCUUCUCCUGAGGCCCCGCGGAACUUCUGACCCUCUCCCUGCAGCCCAUCCUCCCCAAAGUGAGGUUCCCCCAGUCACGGCCCCUUACAGCCCUGUCCCCUCGCUGGGCCCUGAGGUGGAGAAGAGUCCAGGACAGAGUUCCAGUCAGCCCGUGGCGGUAGUGGUGGGAGUGGUCCUGGUUCUGAUUGUGUGUGUGGGUGUCCUGCUGGCUGGACUUUGCUGGAAGAGAAGGAAAAAGGCUGCUGGCAUGAAGUGCUCCUUAGCAAAAGGGAGUCAAAGUUCCCUCGGAAAGAACCUGCCCCGCUCCGAAUCUGAGCUGAUCUCGUAUCCUCUGGAGAGGGGUGCCUGUGACCCUCUUCCACACCCCCCACUCAAUGACUACGCCGAGCCGGAGCUGAUGGUGCCGGGACAGAAGCUGGGCUCCACCUUCCGCCCUGCGGCCGACGAGGGCUACACCGUUCCACUCAUCCUCAACCACUAUGACGUCCCGGGCAAGCUUCCCGAGUACGCCGAGCCCCUGCCUCCCGAGCCAGAGUACGCCACGCCCUUCACCGAGCAGCCCCCCGACCCCCCGGCCGCCGCCCUGGGGGCCAAAAAAAACAACUGUUUGGUCCGGGUGGUACCCCCGACACAGGCCAUGAGGACCGGUCCAGGAGCCGCUACGUUAUCGGCCCAUUAUGACUGUCCCGGCCACAAGGAGGCGCCAAACGGCUACUGCACACCAGCCCCCCACCCCAAUGGCCCGCGCCAGGCCAGCGUGGUGUACGCUGAGCCCCAGCCAGCCGACACCCUGUCCCAGCACACCUACCACGAGCCGCUGUGAGGAGAGUGCGCUCAAUCAGCAAGCAGAGAGGCUCUUGAAAACCCCGCCCACCGCCGGGUGGAAGAAGGAACGGAGUCCUUUCGGGGCAAGAGCAUCAACACUAUGCAGAAAGCACCACAUUGGUGUAAAUCAGGGGACAUGUCUACACGUCUUACUUUAGGGACACCUUAUUUAUAAAGACCUGAGACCCAGAGACUCCAGCAAUGUACUUACACAAGUGGGACAAAUAAGACAUUGAGUUCACAGAGUCCUCCAAGCGAUCAUGCUCCAUAACCCGCGUCUUGUUCGCUUGGAAAGUAUCUGCUAGAUGCUGUUUACGGUGGAGCCUCACAUGAUAAAGGCAGAAAACUGUUUUGGCUGUCAUACUACUACACAGGCCCAGGGAUUAGUAAUUAAUAGGGCACAUUAAGUAAAUUAUGAAAUGGCACUGUUCAGCAGCCUUUCGUGAACUUUAAAAAGCCCCCCUGUGAGGUUGUAAAUAAAACGUCCUCGCUGAACUUUUUACACUGGAAAUGCUGUGGAAUGGAGGCAGCACCAGAACAGCAGCAAAUGGGGGCUGGUGUGUCCCAGUGUCUGUGCGGAUGUGUUCACACUGAAUUAACCCUUCCUGAAUGCCUUCUGUGAAAACUAGAGUCCCAUUACGGCUUCUCUCUGCUCCACCAGCACAAUGGGGAAAGGCAUAUUAAGGACGCACUGGCUCAAAAGAUAGAGGCCCGAGUGGUAUCCCAGCAGGCUGUGAAGGCGUCUGGUGUUGCAUUAAAUUAAAGAGAGCACAGCGGACGCGUAUGGCGCAAUGACCUUUCGAGAUUUUUUAUAUAUAGUUUGAUUUAAAAAUAUGACUAGCACUGGUUUCUCACACCAACUCCACGUCUUUUUUUAUUCACUUGUACGUGCACAAACAAUACAUGCAUUUGAAUCUCAGCCAAACGCGAUUGAAAUGUGAAUAUUUUAGAUGGAUAAUAAAUUACUAUUGAGAAUUCUUUGUUGUUUUUAUCUUUUAAUG